AUGGCAGAUUUUGUAUUGCAAGAAGGGACAACAUUAAAGGCUACAAAACGUUCCUGCUGUUCACCCAUACGUGUCUCUCGCUUUUAUUUCUUUUCUUCUUCUUCUUCUUCUUCUUCUUCUUCUUCUUCUUCUUCUUCUUCUUCAUCAUCUUCUCCAUCUUCUUUUUCUUCUUAUUCUGCACAUUUUCGCUCUUCUCCUCCUACAUUAUCUUUGUUCCAUUUUUUUUACUUCUUUGCUCUCAUUACCCUUUCUACCAUCUUCCUAGAUAUUUGGUAUACUUCCUCUCACCUUUUCCCGCUUUUCUUCUUCUUCUUCUUCUUCUUCUUCUUCUUAUUCUUCUUCUUCUUCACAUUUCCGCUCUUCUCCUCCUCUUCCUUCAUCUGUGUUCCAUUUAUUCUUUUUUUUUACUUUUUUGCCCUCAUUACCCUUUCUAACAUCUUCCUAGAUAUUCGGUAUACUUCCUUUCACCUUUUCCCUCUUUUCCUUUAUUUCUUCUUCUUCUUCUUCUUCUUCUUCUUCUUCUGCACAUUUCCUGGAUUUACUAACAGUAUUACCCUUUGUAUGAUUGUAUAUUUGAUAUUCUUCUUCUCCACACCUUUUCCCUCUUUUCCUUCAACAUCUCCUUAUUGUUUCAUUUUUUUUCCUUUUUUCCUUCUCCCAUUCUAUCUUCUUCCUAUAUAUUUUCCUCACCAUUUCCCACUUUUCCGUCAACUUCUUCUCCUGCUCCUCCUUUUUCCUUUUUUCCUUCUUUGCUCUCAUCUCCCCUUCUUCCUUAUUCCUAGAUAUUUGACUUUCUUCUUCUCUUCAACUUUUUCCUCUUUUCAUUCACCUUCUUCUUCUUUUUCUCUUCAUCCUCUUCCUUCUUUUUUUCUAUAUUUUUCCUCUUUUUUCUUUCUUUGCUCUCACUUCCCUUUCUACCUUAUUCCUAGAUAUUUGGUUUUCUUCUUCUUCUCACCUUUUAUCUCUUUUUUUCAUUCAAACUCUUCUCCUCCUCUUUCUUCUUUGAUCCAUAUUUUUUCUUCUUUGCUCUAA